UGUUCGUCGCUGAAGUCGCUUCGAAGGAAAGAUGGUAAACAAUCUUGAGCAACAGUCCUUUAUUCGUGUCGAGGAUAUCUCGAUGUACGAACGUAAUAGUAAAACUGUUUUGUCGAGAAUAUUGCGAACCUCGAUCGUAAAGAUUAAUCGUAAUAUUGUACAAAAAGGUUAUGUAUCUCAUUCGUAGUUGUCGGCGCGUAAUAAGUUUCCAUUUUUACGAAGUAUUCGAUUAACGUCCUGUGUUAAUUAAUUAUUUAAUAUUAUUUGUAAAAAAUUAAAAGUAGAAAUGGAGGCAACAAUGGAAGAAAACUGUCACAUAUUAACCUCAACGCCUUCAAUAAAAGAUUUUAUACAAGUUUCAUCUAAUUGGAUGGUUGAUAGAAAGAAAUGUUAUGUAGAUACUAUUACCACAAUGCCAUUAUCACUUGCUCCAGAGAGUAUAGAAUUAGAUGAUAUAAUUUCCUUGGAUACAUGUAUUUAUUUACGUUCUACGGAACAAGUGACAGAACCAUGUACAUUGGACAUAAAAUUAACAAAUAAUCAAAAAAUAUCACGCAUCAUAAUUCUCUCUGAAGCAUAUGUCAUAGAAUUUUUUAAACAAUAUGGAGAAUAUGCAACUACAGUAUUCGCAGAGCAAGUAGAUGAGUUUAUAGGAAGUACUAUAUAUUUAGCAGAAGUGACUUUAGAACAUCCUACUACUGAGGCCAGUAUUAAAUUUACGAAAAUAAAAAAUACAGAACCUAUGUUAUGGAUAUUCGGUAUAAAACUUAUAUUAACAGAAUCUGUUAAAGAAAAUGAAUCAGAAAUACUUGAUUAUACAAUAACAAAUUUCCUGAAUAACUUAAAUGGUUCAACACAACAAAAAGCAACUUUAGCUAAUAUAAUAUUAGAAUCUGUUAAACAAGAAACAAAUGCUAAAAAUGAUGAAAUUAUACCUUUAAGAAAUCUUAUGACUAUUAUUUCCAACACUUCACAAGUUCAAAAUAAUAAUAAAAAUGUAAUUGAAGAGACCAAAAAAUUGGAUCUUAAUUGCAAAGGUGAUUGUAAAAAUGUAGAAAUUACAAACAUUGAAACAUAUAUUAAUAACAAGUUUCAUGAAAUGGAAACAAGAACUAUGCAUAGAUUAAAUGAAAUUGAACAGAAUAUUAAUCGAAAAUUAGAUGCUAUACUUGAGAAGCUUGAAAUUAAGUUAAAAUGACAAUAUUUAUGAACAAUUUUGUAUAUAGUUUCAUAAGUUAUCAUAACAUAAUACUGUUUUAAUUAUAUUUCAAUAUCUUAUUUCUAUUGUAUUCUUAUAAAAAUGACCAAUUUUAUUAACUAUCAUUACUUUCAUUUUCCUGUGGAGGAUCCCAAUUGUGAAGCUGUUUCCUCCAUAAUUUAAUCAUUCCAUCCCAUCCUCUUCUGCUAUAUUUAAUGUAUUUUGGAGGAGUUCUUGGAUGUUCUCUUGUACGUUGCUCUCUGAAAUAAAACAAUAUGAAGUAUUAUACAUCAAAUACAAUACUCAUCAAAACACUGAUAAAAUAAAACGAAAAUUUAUAAAAAUCACUGA